AUGGAUAGUGUUUCAAAAUUGAGACGAAUUAUGGCUAUGUUUGAGGAAGAGAUGAAACUGGGAUUAGAGCCCAAACCCAGUCGUCAAUCGGCUUUUUAUAUGUGUAACACAUUUGUGACCGACUGUCCCGACGGUACAGAAGAGGGCGAUGUUUUGUCAAUGGAUUUGGGAAACAGUAAUUUCAGACUAUUGUUAACCCGAUUAAAGCCGGGAAAGAAACCGGAGUUUAUUGUUAAACACUAUGAUCUCAGCACAGAAUACAGACGCGGCAAACCUCAGAAAUUGUUUGACUAUUUGGCCGUUUGUAUCGAGGAUUUCAUUGACACAAACCUAUCCAUUAGUGGUGAGCGUCUGCCCUUCGGAAUGACCUUUUCCUUCGGUUACGAUCAGACGGCUCUAAACGUUGGGAUUAUAAAGCAGUUCGGAAUCGACACCGAUUUGCCCGAAGCUAUUGGUAAAGACGCCGUCAAGUAUUUACAGGACGCCAUCGACCGGAAGGGUCUCAAAGUAGAUGUGCUGUCCAUAGCUAACGAUACAACGGCCACAUUGGCGUACGGCAUGUCUCUAAAGCCCGACACAUAUAUUGGCUUUAUAUUAGGUUCGGGUACUAAUACUUGUUAUCUCGAAAACGUUGACCGAAUUGAAAAGAUUGAUCCAAUGAAGACAUUUGGCUCCAAACCUGAGAGCGUUAUACUAAAUCUCGAGAAUGGUUUUCUCGGAGACAAUGGAUCCAUUGAUUUUGUCAAAACUAAAUGGGAUUUAGAAGUAGACAACGAUUCGCUAUUUCCUCAUAACUAUAGUUUUGAGAAAUUAAUCGGCGGUGCAUUUAUUGGGGAUCUUUUCCGUCGGACUCUGUUAUCAUUGGCAGAAAACCAUGUAUUUCUUGGAGGAAUAAUAACGGAUGGAUUGAAGCAAAAGGACUCUAUUAAAGGCCCAGACGUGUCGUCAGUAGAGAGCGACAAAACUGAUGGUUCAGUCAUAGCAUUGUUGCAAAGAUUGGGAUAUUCUUCACAACAGAUAACCAAAGAUGACAUUGAGAUCGUUAGAUAUGUCUGCGCUCUGAUCGGUGUCCGUAACGCACAGUUAGCCGCCGCCACUCUCUCACCGCUUAUUCAACGCAUUGAUAAACCAAUGGUUAGGAUAGCGGCCGACGGCUCGCCAUACAAAAAACACCCAAAACUUCAUAAAUUGAUCACUGAUUUCAUUACCGAAUUGAUUCCCAACAGAAAAUUUGAGUUAUUUUUAGCCGAAGAUGGAAGCGACUCUCUCACACAUCGGUUUAGAAGCGAGAAAAUGGAUUCAAUCAGCGAUUCAUUACUUCUGGAGAGCUCUCCAUUCCAUAACCCGGUGCUCACUAUCGGUGACCAAAAUCGCAAACAAAAGGUCUAUGAAUUGCUGAAGGAAUAUGUCUUAACUGUUCCCAAAUUGAGACGAAUUAUGGCUAUGUUUGAGGAGGAGAUGAGACUGGGAUUAGAGGCCAAACCCAGUCGUCCGUCGGUUUUCUACAUGUGUAACACAUUUGUGACCGACUGUCCCGACGGUACCGAAGAGGGCGAUGUAUUGUCAAUGGAUUUGGGAAGUACUAACUUAAGACUAUUGUUAACCCGAUUAAAGCCGGGAAAGGAGCCCGAGUUUAGUGUUAAACACUAUGAUAUAAAUACAGAACACAGACGCGGCAAACCUGAAAAAUUAUUUGAUUAUCUGGCCGUUUGUAUCGAGGAUUUUGUUAACACAAACCCAGACAUCAGUGGUAAGCGUCUGCCCUUCGGAAUGACCUUUUCCUUCGGUUACGAUCAGACGGCUCUAAACGUUGGGAUUAUACAGCAGUUCGGAAUCGACACCGAUUUGCCCGAUGCUAUUGGUAAAGACGCCGUCAAGUAUUUACAGGACGCCAUCGACCGGAAGGGUCUCAAAGUGGAUGUACUGUCUGUUUCUAACGAUACAACGGCCACAUUGGCGUACGGCAUGUCUCUAAAGCCCGACACAUAUAUUGGCUUCAUAUUAGGUUCGGGUACUAAUACUUGUUAUCUCGAAAACGUUGACCGAAUCGAAAAGAUUGAUCCGUUGAAGACAUUUGGCACCAAAACUGAGAGCGUUAUACUGAACCUCGAAAACGGCUUUCUAGGAGACAACGGAUCCAUCGAUUUUGUCAAAACUAAAUGGGAUUUAGAAAUAGACAACGAAUCACUGUUUCCUCAUAAUUACGGAUCCGCCGCAUACAAAAUGACCACGAUAAUAGAUGGAGCACAUCCAUGGGAUUUGACCAACUUUGACACUGUUGCCCAUAACUAUACGAUAAGUAGUGGGCAACAGAGCUUAGAUGGUAGAGGUCUAGCAUUGGGCCACUCGCAGGCAUUCCACAUAUUCCAGUGCGGCUGUUGUCGCAGACAAACACGCAUUGGACGGCACAUACCCUCCACACCGUUAUAUUGA